AUGCUGUCCAUACCCGGUGCUGUGCCCAAAAUUGUUUCUGUUCGAGUGCAAAAGGCCGAACGUCUACGAAUUAUUCCAAAAGCGGAUGGAAAGCAAAGGAAGUACACACAAAAAUGGAAGGUUGUCUUCUUGGGUGGGAAAAAGAAGAUGUCCAGCGGAUCGAUUCUGGCACCGGCUGGGAAUCCAGUCUGGGAUUAUGAGGUUACUUUCAAAGUCGCUGCUCGUGGCGAACCAAUUAGUCUUCUAGUGACUGACUCAGAGGAUCAUCACGUGGGGCAAGUUGUCAUUCCAGUCACGGCAAUGCCUCCGAGGCCAGCUAAUUCGAGUGAACGACCAACGGAUCCUUCACGUCUCAGAGUCGCUGACCUUGAACCCACCAAAAAAGUGGAAAACCCUAUCGGCACACUCUACUAUUGGGUAUGGGUGGAAGAAUAUCGAGCUGAGGACGAUGAAAAAAAGAGUAGCAGAGGAUCAUUACUCAGUCUUGCAAGUCACAAACACAGUCAUAAAGCCGCGUCUGUGGCGGACUCGUUAAACUAUCAGGGCAGCAUGCUGAGCAUCGCCUCAACAAACAUCGAUGAUAAAGCAAAGAAAUCGAAGCAUCCAUUCAAGAAAAAGCAUGGUACGAAAGAUCUGUUGAAGCAAACGGCCGAUUUGUCCCAGAGACCGUCGCUUGCCGUAAAGGGUGUUCAUGACAGUUCUUCCAAUCUACGUGCACGCAGCAUAUUUGACCCCACGGCCGUGACAGACGAUCAUGAUGGCAGCGUACUUGGAGCCUGCAGUGACAUGACCGGAAGUGACCUCCUUCGGCCCAUUUCUUCUUUUCAUCUGACCGGUAGUGGUACCGGCACAUCUAUUGGCGGGGGUGUGAGUCAGUCCAUUCCAUCUUCCUUAUCAGGCAACCCUUUGAAGAUAGACUACGCCCCAUCUGCUAAUCGGAGCAGUGUGGCCAAUGACUCCGUAUCGCAACCAGCAUUGAUUUCGAUCGAGCCAAACUCUUGUUCUACCGAGGGUGGUGUGGAGGUGACCAUCACUUGUUCUCAUGUGACCGAAGAUAUCGUCCGGUAUGCGACCUUGCUAAUCGAUGGUUACAGUGUACAGCGUCAGGAUUGGUUUCAUCAGGACUCAAAGUCGGGCGUUCCCGACCAGUCUGAUAUCCGGGUCUAUAUGCCUUCCAGACCACCGGGGCGAUGUUACAUCGAGUUGGAGACAAUGAAACAUGGCCGCAUUCGAUGUCCACAAGAGUUCGUCUACACAGAGCCGACGACGACAUCCGUCAGUGACUUGCAGUCCGGCGAUAACAGGCCCACAUACUCUGCACGCACUGGUUCAGAAUUGGCUUCAACCAGUCCUUUCCAACGUACCGGGUCGCAACGCAGCAGCCUACUGGUUAGAGAUGGGCGAAGCUUACGAAGAAAGCAAAUGGGGAAUCUUGCUAACAAGAGCGCACUACCCAACGGGCUGACAGCCGCGGAGCUUAUAAAACGGGAGGCCAACAACAAUGAGUGCGCGACAAGCAGAAGUAAGACUGAGACUCAUCCAGUAGACCUUGAUACCUCCGUUGCUAAUACCAGUAGUGUAGCUUCGGCCACCAGCCUAGCGACGGGACUGUUCCGUCGCGGUUCACAGCGUAGCUCCGUCAUUAUGUUAGAUCGCCGCAGCACUCGCCGACGUCAGUUAGAUCCAGCCUCAGGCUCCGAUGGUCAGCCCACCGAGUCUGUUGAAGCUACACCAUCGGAAGUUCCUAACCCAUCAGUGUCUCCUUUUCAGAGGAGCGGAUCGCGGAGGACGGCACCUAUGAUGGUUGAUCGUCGAAGCACGAGGAGGAGCAAAAAUCCACCAGCUCUGUCUGAAAUAACAAACCUGGCCACUGAGGUAUCGACUGUAACAUCCUCCAAGUGUGAGGACAAACCGGCUUCUUCAGACACAGUCAAGUCUACAAAUUACGGAGAAUUGCCUGAUAAGGAACCCGUCCUCAUGGAGAAUCACAAUUCCCUCAAAAUUCCAGCAUCUACCGGCCUACGAGGUGAGACUGACCGCUCGUUACCCUCAGACCACUCUGGUGAUGAUUCCCUAAGUAAUAAUAUUGGUGAUGUUAGGUCAGACACCCCCGAGCCGGGUCUUUCCCGUCGUGGUUCUCAGCGUAGUUCUUUGCGAAUAUUAGAUCGACGCAGUACAAGGAGACGUCACUUGGACCCUGUCCAGGAGAACACAGGUAUUCAGCAGACCUAUUCUGAAACAACGGAUAAACCAGAACCGCGCGUCUCAAGCCCUACAAGUUCACCGUUUAUUAGAACUGGAUCGCAGAGCAGUGGGCCUGUUACAAUCGAUCGCCGGAGCAUUAAAAGGGAGGAAAAUCGGCUGGAGACGGACGAGGAACCUGCCAAAACCGGUGCCUUUUCAAAGGAAAUACUUACUAGCGCCGAGGUCCUUGGAAUGCCUGUGUUGCAACCGAAAGCUGACCAAACAGAAGUUUCAAGCAUACCGCAUUUCACUAAUUCUUCAAUCUUCAAGAUCGAAGGUGAAACAGAAAUCCGGCAACCCCACUCACCACCCAGUUCUGGAAUUGAUUGCUCAGUUACGGGUAGUUCAGGUGAUUUGUAUAAGACUCCCAUGAAUGGCUGGAUGCGCGCUCCUAUCCUUACGCCGUUUUCCAUGGUCGAGAGUCCUUCCGCCUUCAAAACCUCCUCCCCUGUGCUACCUGAACCUUCGGAAGAAACGUUUCUUUACGUGCCAGCAAGUCUUAACCCGAGCACGAUAGGGACAUCGAUUCCAUUGUUGAAGGCUGAUGAACAUGGAACUUUUCCGGUUGGUACUGCGGCUUCUCUUCCAUCGCCUGGAGAAAGACUUCGAAAAUCUCAUCCACAUUUCAGUGUGGAGGGUUGUGUUCCUGACGACUCAACAUCUUUGUACCCUGCUGAUUUUGCUGAAACCAGGUCAGCAGAUCUUGCUUCCACAUUAGAUCGAACCAAACCUCCUGGUGCGGACGUGACUCUCAACGUUGCAAAUGCAGUGGGGGCGACGGCUCAGCUGUUAAAACUUGAUGACCUCCACUCCCAUCCAGUCAGUCAUCAAGAGUCUCCUCAUAAUCCUCCUUCACUACCCGCCACGGAGACCUUCAUUGCUCGGAUUGAACAAGCAGAUCCCCUCAUCUCUCUUGAUGAACUAAAGUAUUCACCACCCAUCACAGAGACCCGCACCGUACAUAUCGCCGACAGCCCGACAGCCGACAUUCCUUUGUCUGCUGCGACCGAACAUGAGGAUUCUGUCGUCCCUCUAGAUGGACUUAGUUGUCCACCGGAGGCAGCGAAAUUGUUGGGUAUUGACUACAACACCCCAAGACCAGUACCGUCCAAGUCUCCUGCAGUUACCCGAUCGAUGUCCAGUCGGGCAUCAGAACUGACUUCGAACUCAACGUAUUCGACAGACAGCGAUGGUGACUCCGUACGUCUCCACCCAUCACUCACUGAUUCUGAACAACCAGACGAUGACGAACACUACGGGGAUGCUUUUGAGAAAUUGAGUCGGUCAAGCGAUGAAAUAGAGGAAGAGGAUGACGCAUCGAAGACUCCGGUGAUCCAUCGUCCGUCUGGUGGACUCAAGCAACAGGCAAUAACCUACCGAUCAUGUUCGUAUCCUACUGUAGUCGAAUUAAUCGCUCGCAUAAUUUCUAACCUGACGAUUUUCUGA